AUUAACAUCUCAGAAGGGAACUGCCCCGAGCGGAUCAUCACCCUCGCUGGCCCCACCAAUGCCAUUUUCAAAGCUUUUGCGAUGAUCAUUGACAAACUGGAAGAGGACAUCAGUAGCUCCAUGACCAACAGUACCGCUGCCAGCCGGCCCCCGGUCACCCUCCGGCUCCCGGGCCCCCCCUAGUGCGGCUCCCUCAUUGGAAAAGGAGGCUGCAAGAUCAAAGAGAUACGAGAGAGCACGGGGGCACAGGUCCAGGUGGCAGGAGACAUGCUGCCCAACUCGACUGAGCGAGCCAUCACCAUCGCUGGGAUCCCACAGUCCAUCAUCGAGUGCGUCAAACAGAUCUGCGUCGUCAUGCUUGAG